AUGGUAACAGAUCUGGGAUUAGAUGAGGAAAUCAAAUUAUAUACAAAUAAUAAAGAAAGAGAAAAGUAUGAAUUAUUAUCAGAUUUAUAUGCAAUAAUUGUUACGAUGGAACAUUUAGAAAAAGCUUAUAUAAGAGAUUUAAUUCCACACACAGAAUAUACACCAGCUUGUGGUAAAUUAAUAGCACAGUAUAAAACAGCCGUGAAUCUCGUUAAUGAUUCUGUUCCUGAUGUAGAAAAAUUUAUGAAAGAGUACAAGCUUGAAUGUCCUGCAGCAGUAAAUAGAUUUAAGAUAGGAGUUCCUGCAACUGUUGAACAUUCUACUGGAGCAGGGCAUGAUCCUAGUAAUUCAGCUCAAAAUGUAGCAGAAACUGUACAGAAUUUUAUUACUGUUAUGGAUGUUCUUAAACUUCGAAUAAGGGCAGUUGAUGAAAUUCAUCCAUUGUUAAGUAAUUUAAUGCAGAGUUUAAAUAAAAUGACAUCUUUGCCACCAGAAUUUGAAGGAAAAGCCAAAAUUAGAAAUUGGUUGAUUACUUUGAAUGGAAUGAAAGCAAGUGCUGAAAUUGAUGAGGAACAAGCAAGACAAUUAUUAUUUGAUCUUGAGAAAUCUCAUAAUUCUUUCUAUCAUUCUUUAUCAUCGGAUAAAAAUUAA